CGCAAGCCACGAAGCAAAAUGAGGUUCAGCAAAACCAUCUUCAUAGUUGGAGUGUGGGUAUGCUUUGAAAGCAUUCUUGCUGCUGGAGAUGUCGGAACUGCUACCUCAUAUGACCCUCCAUACCUACCAACAAGGUGCAGGGGGUACAGCGAAGAUCAAUUCCCAGAAGGAGGAUAUUUUGUAGCAGCAAGUGAAGCGAUAUGGGACAAUGGAGCUGCCUGUGGUCGCAAGUAUCGCCUGAGAUGCAUCAGUGGCUUAAAGAGACCGUGCAAAGAUCACGCCAUUGUUGUUCAAGUAGUUGAUCUCUGUCGAGGGAAUCCAUGCCCUUCAACUCUUGUCCUCUCCGAUAAAGCUUUCUCUGCCAUCUCCAAUCUCCCUGCUGCUAAGAUCAACGUCGAAUUUGUCCAGAUUUGAUUCUACAAAUUCAUGGCCCAGGCUGAUAAUAUAUAAUUAAGAGCAGUGUUCGCCAUUCUCUCUCUGCUAUGUUCUUCAAGGUCAUUAUGUAACCAUACAAAAGAAAUGGACUAAGGGGAUAGAGAUUCGAAUUCCGAGUUUGAAUUUGUUCAGAAUGUAAGGUUAGGUUCGGUGUGAAGUAAUAAAAAAUGUAAUGUAAUCAAUUGAUACAUUGUAAAUUUGGUUAUUUUGUUUAGUAAAAAAUCUAUGGGGAAAAAAUUU